CAUUUAUAUGGAUUGUAGUUUUCGGAUCAGCUUAAAAAUAUGCAAAAUAUGUUCAAAGUGAAUCUAUUUCGACAUUGGAUGGACAGCGGAUAUCAAAAGAGCUGCUCGUUCAGAGAAGAACGUCUCCGCGAUUAUUGGGAUUAUGUGAUGGAAUUCUCCAUGGGUCGCUACGAAAAGUUCUCACUGAUGUUCUGUUUUGUCCUUGGCAUGAGUUUCUUCGGUGCCUAUUGCAGCAUUCGGGAGUAUGUUCACAUCUAUCGGUAUCCAAAUUGCACUCUGAGCAUGUCUCGGCCAAGACGCUUCAAUGUUUUCAGUUCACAAAUGCUGCGCAAGGCUCGACUUUGUGGCGCCCUUCUUAUGUGUCACUGCUGGCUGCUUUUGGUCUAUGGACUGCUGAGUGUGAAACCGUAUUUUCUGCUUCCAUGGUUAUUCGUGAACUCGAUUGUGCUCAAGCUGGAUAUUCUGCUGUGGAUUGUGGAUCUGGUCACUGGCCGCGUGCAGCUGCAAUCGAAGACGCUCUAUGCGAUACUGCGGCUGAUCUGCAGCCUUGCGUUGGUCAACUGUGUGCGAAAGGUUUUUGAUAAUGCCAUUAAAAGCAACCUGGUCGAAGCGUUUCGAUUCUUUGGCUUAACGCGCUGACGACAAAUUUUUACCAAAAUUAAAAAAAAAAAGUUAUAUAUACAUAUAUAUAUUAA